AUGGCGCUGAGCCCCCCCGAGAGGCAGCCCGGCCCGCCCGAGCCCCCGCACCCCCAGCAGCAGCAGCAGCAGCAGGAGGAAGAGGGCGGCGGCGAGGCCGAGCUCGACCCCCAGCGGCUGAGCGGCCUGGAGGCCGAGCCGGGAGGGAUCCCGCUGCACUCGCCCUGGACCUUCUGGCUCGACAAGUCCCUUCCUGGUACCACAGCAGCUGAAUGUGCAUCAAAUUUAAAGAAGAUCUAUACAGUACAAACUGUACAGAUUUUCUGGAGCGUUUAUAAUAAUAUUCCUACCGUGACAAAACUGCCUCUGAGAUGUAGUUAUCACUUAAUGCGUGGAGAAAGACGGCCGUUGUGGGAAGAGGAAAGCAAUGCCAAAGGAGGCGUGUGGAAAAUGAAGGUCCCCAAAGACAGUACGUCUGCAGUUUGGAAAGAGUUAUUGUUAGCAACUAUUGGGGAACAGUUUGCAGACCGCUGUGCAGGAGGUGAUGAAGUAAUAGGGGUCAGUGUCAGCGUUCGUGACCGGGAAGAUGUCGUUCAAGUGUGGAAUGUAAAUGCGUCAUUAGCAAGCGAAGCAAAAGUUUUAGAAAAGAUCUAUGAACUUCUGCCACACACAUCUUUUAAGGCUGUUUUUUAUAAACCUCACAAAGAGCAUCACGCUUUUGAAGGUGGACGUGGAAGACAUUAACAGUACUGAACUCAUGUUGAAAUAAUUAUUUUUUUUGGAGAUCAUCACAGCAAGAAGAUGGACAGUACA